UUUUUUCUUGCCAACAUAUCAUAAUUGUAUUAAAAUAUGACUAGAAGAAAAAUCACCAAGAUCCCAACAUUUUAGAGAAAUCAACUAUGGAAAAAGAAGUUGCACUUGCAUCUAUGAAGCAGAUCAUAACAGAGAUAUUUAUAGAUGCCCAAAAAUCCGAUACUAUGCUACGUAGUCUGUCGAUCCGUUUACGAGAUGUUCAAUUAGGUUGUUGCUUAAAUUCACCAAAAAUGAUGGGUCAGCCUGAAGACAUUAACUUUGAAGGUGAAGCCGACUUCAUCAAAUAUAUCUUUAAAAUGGUUAAUGUUGUCAUCAAAGCAAAAAGAAAAGAUCCUAUAGCUGAUCGCGUACAAAGAUUUAUUGCUGGAUUUAUACAUUAUAUUCAAACUAAAGAUGAGGAGGCUAAAACAAAAGCAAAGGCAAAAAGAAAAUCAGAACAAGAACAGAUGGAUAAAAUGGAUCAUGAUCAUCCAGAAGAGAACAAUAACAGCGAGCAAUCAGUUAAUAAUGACAAUGAAGAUGAUGACGAAGAUGAAGAAUAUGAAACAAUCUCUUCUAGAUUUGUUGAAAGUUUAAUUCGACAUUUGUUUCGCGGAUUUUCAGAUUCAAAAACAUCGAUUCGAAUUAGAUGUUAUCAAAUUAUUGCUCUUUGUAUUAGUUCAAUGGGUGAACUUGAUGAAGAUUUGUAUCAAGAUUUAAAGAAGCAUUUAUUUGAAGGAUAUGUUGAUAAAGAAGCAAGUGUCAGAGCUCAAGCUGCAACAGCAUUAUGCCGUUUACAAACAGACACAGAAGUUAAUCGUUCAGAUGGACAAACGAUUCGUGAUAAACUUUUAUGGAGCAUGAGUCACGAUUCUAACUUUGAAGUAAGACAAAUUAAUGAUUUUAGAAUAUUAAGCUUUGAUCAGCGCAAUAAAAUAUUAAAAUGGGGAUUAAAUGAUAGAAAUGAACAAGUUCGAAAUUCAGCUCUAAAGAUGUUUGCAGAAAAGUGGCUUGAACAAGCUGGAAACAAUCUUAUUGAAUUUCUAGAAAGAUUACAAGCUACAAAGCAACCAGCAACAGUAUUAGUAGAUAAAUUACUAAAGGCCUUUUUUAAGCAAAGAAUCGAAGUAUUUAAUGAUAUUGUUUUGAUGAGGAAUUCUGGAAUAAUCUUUCACCGGAAAGCGCCUUGUUUGGCAAAAAUAGCUAUAGAAUUUUUACAGACUAAUAAUCUUGACGAACAAUUGGAAGCUACCUUGCCUGAAGUUACACGCCAUGUCUUUAAUUUGGAAAAUUAUUUUAAUCUUUAUCGUAUCUCAAUUGAACAAGGAGAUUCAGUGGCAACUUAUGAAUUUAUUUUAAUACAGUUACUUGAUAUAGCAUUAUGCUUGGAUUAUGCUGAUGAAGUAGGAAGAAGGAAUAUGCACGAACUUUUAAGAAAUAUUUUAAAAAUGCAUGAAUUAAUUGAUGACCAUCUUGAAAGGGUAUUGAAGGUUUUCAGGAUGAUUUCGAUUGAUGAACGUGACUUUACAAGGAUGAAAACAAUAAACCAAAAAGAAUCAAAAAACAGUGAAAACUUGGUAGCAGUUAAGCGAUCUUCACAACAAGAUACUGACCAAAAUACAUCUGUAGAUGAAGAAACAGGUGGCGAUCUUGAUAAUUUAGUGAUGCAGUUCCGUUGUUUAAAUAUUUCCAUUAGCAGAUAUUCUAAUCUUUAUGGUUUAUUAAAUGACCUUAUUGUACCAGCAGUUCAGAGUUCUGAUCCUUUGUUACGUCAAGAAGGUUUACAUUGUCUUGGUUUAUGUUGUAUGCUUGAUAAAAGGCUUGCACAGCAUAACAUUGAUUUAUUUGUUACAUGUAUUAAACUUGGUCAUGAAGAUCUAGUUAAAAUUGCAAUUAGAAUCUUAGGUGAUAUUCUCUUAAUGUAUGGAGCAGACUAUAUUUCAGAUCGUUUAACUAGUCCGGAUGAUGUUAGACAAGUUUUCGAGUUUGGUUUAGACCACGAUAACACAGAGAUUCAAUCACUGACUACACAAGCCUUAUGCAAAUUAAUGUUGUUUAAUAGAUAUGGUGAUGAUGAGUUGCUUAGGCUCAUGGUUCUUUUAUACUUUUUCCCUAAAACUGUGAUAAAUGAUUUUAACAAUACAAUUCAUCAAUCUAUCCCAGCAUUAGAAGAGCUUUGCAAUAUUUAUGGUGAUUUAGAAAAAGAUGAAACAAUGACUAACCCCAAACAAAUUUCAGAAAUGCUAGCUGAUUUAAGUGAUCCACGUAAAUUAGUCAAAAAGACAAACCCAAAACAGCCUUCAUUUAUGGAUGAUGAAGAAAAAGAAGCUGGAUUUGAUACCCCUGGCGAACUUGCCAUUCAAGCACUUCAAAUAAUUUUAGGAGAAAAUGAAGGGUUAAAGAGAAGAACAAUGUGUCAUUUUGUACUAAAAUUAUACUUGGAUAAAGCUGAAAAGGAACAAUUAAUAGAGAUUCAGGAUUUGAUAAAGCAGAUUAAUGAGAAAAAUCCUAUCAAGUUACUUCCUACUCGAAAAGCGAUUAUGAAGAUAUCUGAAAAUAUAAGCAAUAUUCUUAAUACAAGUAAUGAACAAGAAAAAGAUUCUUUAAUAAUGGAAACUGAACCAACAACAGACAUUGAUGAAAUACAACAGCAUAGUGCUACUCAGAAUGCCCAAACAGGGGAAGUAAAUUCUAGUAGUCAUGCAUCUCCUAUAGCUACAAAUAACAGUAACGAAGGAAAUCAGAUCACAAAUAUCGAAAGACAAAAUAGUAUUAUGACCGAAGAAGAAGAAAAUAAUGAUGACAGCAGCAGUAAUGAUAGUGAAAAGCGUAAUAAUGACAGUUCUACUAAAACUGAUAAUGAGGAAGAAAGUAGUGAGGAAGACGAUGAUGAUGACUAUAAUGAAGAACAGCUCUAA